CUGUGAUGGCAAGAGGUACAGAUUUUAGGCGGGUAGAUUGAAAGUGAGGUUUGCACCGUUUAAUUCCUAAUCCACUGCACUGGCACGGAACAUAUCUACAAUACAAGGGAAAGAAUCCAGUUGCAUUUCAAUUAUAAAAUAGUCUGAUCGACAUUCUCGAUUCUAAUGCAUCCUGGAAUUUGUGUUGUUUGAUUUAACGUUCUGAUCAAUGGCAACUUAUUUGGAUUUAGAUAAGUGCAAACUAUUGUGUUCUUGUAAGAGAACGAGUCCAUUAUGCACGUUAUAUUUCUGCCGACAUUGUUUAACUCUUCGAUGUCCUGAUUGUGUUUCACAUGAGGUGGAUUCUUACUACUGUCCAAAUUGUCUUGAAAAUAUGGCAAGUGCUGAGGCGAAAAUGCGAAAGCAUCGGUGUGGUAAUUGUUUUGAUUGUCCUAGCUGUGGGCAUACAUUGUGUACACGGGCUACUGCGGUUGUUCAAGCUAAACCAGAUGAACCGGGUAGAACUACAGCACAAAAGGCCUACUUCUUGGCAUGUGGUUUUUGUCGUUGGAUUACUAGAGAUAGUGGUAUUCCAGAUCAACAACAGGCUGCUGGUGGAUGGCAAGAAAAAACAAGUCCACAUUUUAAGCGGAUUUCUGAAUUAAUCGAUAGUUAUCGUCACUUGGCCGUUCAAGAGAAGGAGGAUCAGGAGUGGAAUAAAUUUGCACGGAAAAGAAAUUAUAUGAUUCUACUGGAACGUUACCCUGUCUUAAAUCCGCGCCUACGACGUUACUGUUCAUCUUCGUGGACAACACCUCAACGAGAAAGUGGUCCAACUAAAAAGGUGGUAAUUCCAUCUUCUGAAGCUGUUUCCGAUAUUCCACCGCUCGAUCUAGAUGAAUACAUUAACCAACCAUUGAAUAUCGAUAAAAUAACCAAUAUUCGUCAGCGUCAUUUAGCACCACAAAUUCAACCAAAGCAUGUAUCCCAAUUGGAACCACGACCCAAAAGUUUAGUUGUUAAACGAUCAAUGCGUUGUCGUGUUUGUGAGCAUAAUUUAUGCAAAGCUGAUUUUAAUCCAAGCUCUAUUAAAUUUCGAAUUAACCUGAGCGCUAUUUAUCAUGUCCCUGAACUGAGAUAUAUUAUCCCAUCACCAUCAUCGGCGACAGCAAAAACAACUCCAUCAGGCCAAAUUGGAGUGAAUGUGAACAAGCCUGACUUUCAACGGCGUACUUCUACAACAUUGGUCGCUAUGAAAUCUGAACCUGUGGUACACGCAAACGCUGUGCCUGGUCAGAAACUCAAUCUAAUUUUAACACUAGCUAAUCCAAUGCAUCGGGUUACAACUGUAUCACUGCGUCAGUUAACUGUAGCUGAAGAAUUACAACACCUAGGACACUUGAUAGUUGGUCAUCACGGGACAGAAAAGUCAUCGUCUACAAUAACAAAAGUUGAGCCAACUUCAUUCACCAGCAGUACUACCAGUGAACCACCAGUAGUUAGUUCUUGUGGAGAUACACCUACACCGACUACGUCGACUGAUGAACAGGAAUCAUGUUUUUCUACUGUGAAUGUGAUUUUACCGACUGAAGAACUGAAGCUUGCACCUCGUAAUGAUAUUGCGGAUUGUGAUGUAAGCUCAAGUCAAAAUUCGGGAGACUACAAAGAUGAUCCAAAGAUUGUAGCAUUCCGUCGUGGUAACAAACUCGGCAUUAACAUUGACUUAAUACCCAAAAAUACUAGUAAGAGAAGAACAUCACGAACUCCAAGUUUAGCUCCGGUUAGUGAAGAACAACAACAAGGCAUUGAUACAAUCCUACAACCUAAAUCAUCAACUGAUGAACUAGUUCCAUUAAGAGCAGCUAUUCACUUGACAUUCGAUUACAAGAAUACAUCGACUACUUUACUGACUGCAGCGGCUGCGGCGGCAGCAGCAUCAGCAGCAGCUAACAAAACAAACGAUUCAAAAUCUCCAAGCAAACCGACAGAAACAACAACCAGUUCUGCUGAGACAUCAAUAUCAAGUGCGCCUACAGCAGCAUCUGUUGUCCUAGAACAACAACAACAACGCCCUCCACCACCUCCAGCUGACGAAAUUCAUCAAAUUCAAGUAAUAGCAUUACUUGAUUUUGGUCAUAUGCCUGUGAAAAAUUGAAGAAAAAAAAAGACAGUAAAAACGCAUCUGAUGGUUAUUUCUUUAACACACAUAUAUUACAGAAUUCUAGUUCUGCACUCUGUUUGCCUAACUUACUUUAUUGUGAUCGAUUAUUUUAUUUAUUUAUACGCUUUGUGAGUGUUGGACUAACACAUAAUUUGCCCUUUUUCAUAUUAAUAAAGCACUUUGGGUUACUGGUG